GGGAUCACUUAACAUUUUUUACAAUUUUGCCCACGUUAUGUUACAAUAUUUAAGUCCAAAAAAGUGUAGAAGUUGUUUAAAGGUCUUAGUUCAAAGUAAAGAAGUGCAGACAUACAAAUAUAAGGAAUUAUAUGUGAUACAUACUUGUAUAUCAAACUGGAAUUUAUUAAUCAAAUAUCAAGAGAAAUGGACGUAAAUGGCUCUUUACAGGACGUAAACGUGACGUCAUCGAUAUUUCAAUACGGUACAAGACGCAACGUAGCGUCAUGGCAAACAGUGACGGCAGCAGUGUGUUUGUCACCCAUUAUAGUUCUUGGAGUGAUUGGAAAUCUAUUUUCACUUCUUGUUUGGAUCAAAGGGAGACGCCGUAAAACUUCAACGGCACGAUAUCUCUCGGCGCUCGCGCUGGCAGACAUACUGGUUCUCCUACUUCCGGCUGCGGAAUUCUGGGUAUUUUACGUAUUGCACGUGGAUCUGAGGGCGAAGUCAUGGUUUCUCUGCAAGUUCUACUCCUACUUGACGUAUUUGACGCCUGUGACGUCAGCUUGGAUACUCGUGGCGGUCACGGUUGAACGCGCAAUGAGUGUCUGGAUACCGCACCGAAUAAACGUCGUUUGUCAGCCCAAAACUGCAUUGUUAUUUGUUUUUGUGGCUGUUAUAAUACUGUCGCUAGUGUAUGCACCUAUCUGCACCGGAAGUGGAAUAGAAACGGCCAUCUACAUGCAUUCAAACGGCGGUGGCUUUUCAGUUCAGGAGUGUACGAUUCACUCAUCGUCGCUGAUCAAAAAUAGUUUCGUAGUUUGGUUAGUCCUGGAUUUGUGUUUAUUCUUCAUUAUUCCAUUCGGAAUCAUGCUGUUCUGCAAUAUUUCAAUUAUGGCAAAAGUCGUCUGCUUGGCCAACGCACGCAGAAACACGCUCCAAGCACGCGGUGGACAGACGACAGCUCCGCGAGGCGGGCGCAGUCAGAAAAUGCUGAAAACGGUGACCCGACGGAUAAUUGUGUUAAGCGUAACGUAUUGUGUCUGCAACGCCCCGUUGGCCAUAUAUAAUCUUAUUUUGAUAUCAGACGGCGCAGACGACAUUUUGAAUUCAGAACACAUAGCCGGUUACCGGAUCGUGUUCCACAUCCUGAUGUUCUUAAACAAUGGCGUCAACUUCCUGUUAUACUGCAUGAUUGGCUCGGGCUUCCGGAAGGAUUUCGUGGGCAUGUUCAAGUCCGGAAGUAGAACGUCUACAACUCGAUGAGGUCACAACGUUCAAUGCCACUUUCUAAGCUUCAAGAUGUUUUUAAACUUACUUAAUAUGCACUGGAGACAAGUUUUUCUGUUGAAACUGUACAUUUAUUCCAUUCUACUUCCCGAAAGACCUCGUGCGCAUUUCACAGCCAGGACGUAGAGGAGUUACUACUCGAUGACGUCAUUAUGACGACGUCACUUUUAAAUGGCCGAAUGUGGUACAUUUAGUUAUGCAACAAAACAAAGACAGUCCAUUCCAGCAAAAUCUUGUGCAUGCCAUGUUUGGAUGCGAAAUGUUAAACAUAAUUAAGUUGUUUGAAAAAUGUCAGUUUAUAAUUAUAGUGUACAUGAAUAUUUACCUUAUAUAGAGCAAAAUUGUUUUCAAAGAAUGUUUCGAAAGUCUACACAAGUUGUUAAUGCACCAGUCAAUUGUAACCACGGCCCCCCCGCAGGGCGAAGACUUUGCCCGGGCUUGGCUGGACCGAAAGUCAAAGUCCCCGCUAUUCCCCGAACCUAGGGGGGGGGGGGGGGGGCGUUGUUACAAAUGACUGGUGCAUAAUUAAAGUAGAAAAUAUGAGUGUGGUUAUGUUUAAUUUUGUUCUACCUGACAAAGUUGUUUUAUUUUCAUAUUAAGAUAUCACAUUUUAAAAUUGCUACGCACAAACUACUUAUUUAUUAUUUAUUUUCCAAUAAACGCCAAGUAAAACAUA